AUGAGGACAGACAAUGAAUGUAUCUCCCAAGACUUCCUCCUACUGGGCUUUCCUGGGUCCUAGGUCCUUCACGCUCUCUUCUUGCUUUUUCUGAUUAUGUAUAUCCUCACAGUCAGUGGUAACAUGGCUAUCUUGAUGUCGGUGUGUACCUCCCACCAGCUACACACUCCCAUGUACUUCUUCCUGAGCAAUUUCUCUUUCCAGGAGAUUUGGUAUACCACAACUUCAGUCCCUAAAGUCCUGGCUAUUCUCCUGGGGAAAAGCCAAACUGUAUCAUUUACCAACUGUCUUUUGCAGAUGUACCUUGUUUUCUCAUUGGGCUGUACAGAGUACUUCCUCCUGGCAGCCACGGCUUAUGACUGCUAUCUGACCAUCUGCUAUCCUCUACACUAUGGCAUCAUCAUGAACAGCCUCCUAUCAGCAGAGUUGGCUCUGGGCUCCUGGGUCUGUGAUUUCAUGGCCAUUGCUAUUCCCAAAAUCCUCAUGAGCAGUCUUUCCUUCUGUGGCCCCCACACCAUCAACCACUUCUUUUGUGACAUUGCACUCUGGAUCACGCUGGCCUGUAAUAGCACAUGAGCAGUAGAACUAGUGGCUUUUGUGAUUGCUUUUGUGGUCAUCUUACAUUCUUGCAUUAUCACCCUGGUAUCCUAUGUUUAUAUCAUCAGCACCAUCCUCAGGAUUCCCUCAGCCAAGGGCAGGAGAAAAGCUUUUUCUACCUUCUCCUCCCAUUUCAUUGUGGUGCUCAUCUGAUAUGAGUCCACAAUCAUCCUUCAUGUGUGCACUUCCAUUAAGGAGGCCUUUGAUCUGACAAAAGCUGUCCAUGUCCUAAACACUGUGGUGACUCCAGUUCUAAACCCCUUCAUCUACACUCUCCAUAACAAAGAAGUAAGAGAAAGUCUGAAGAAAUGGAAGGGAAAAUAA